AUGGAAAAGGCAUAUCUGAGUAGUGUGAAUGAUUUAUUCUCAAAUACCUGUAGUAGUUGUUUUAAAAAUCUGAUUUGUGCUAUAAAAAACAAUGUUGAAAAUAGCGAGACCGGUGACCAGAAUGCAGAUAAAAUUAUAGUAAACAAGAUUGAAAAUAAAAUUGUUGUGGAAAAAUUGUUAAACUGGGAAGAAUAUGGCAGAGACUUAAGUAAAAUAUGUAUUGUUUGCAAAAGUUGCAAACUGAACGGAGAAGUAUUGCUAUUCAAGGAAAUAGAAUUCAUAGAUUUUGUAAGUGUGACUGCAAAUUAUGAAAAGGAGGUGGAACUGGAUAAUUUUGAUCCAUAUGAGUUUUAUUGCUGUUUUAAAGUAGAUAAGGAAAAGAUAGGAGUUUAUUCUGACAUCAAUAACAUCAUAAACCACAGUAACAGGGCAAUUAACAGUUACAGUGAUAAAAUAUACAAAGGGUUCGACUUUGGAGUAAUCAGUGUGUAUCUAUCAUCAGAGAAAAGUUACGAUAACUUUAAAAACAAUUUGGUAGAAGUAAAUAUAAUUAGAAAUAGUGAAAGUAGUGUAAAUGAGUUAAAGAAUAAAACAGAGUCAAGCAGUAAUUCAGAUGUUGUAUCACUUAGAGUCACGUUAAACGGCAGUGUGAAAGAAGAGGAGUCGAAUGAAAAAAUAAAUAUUAAUUUAAGAAAACUAGCUGAAUUGAGAAUAAGGGAGCUGGUGUUGGAGUUUUUCCUGAAAGAAAGACUAAAGUACAUAGAAAGUAAUCCAAGAGCGUAUGGAAACUUUGAAAGUCUGUGUAAGGACAGAUUGGUGUUAGAGCAGCUGAUAAGACUGAGGAUAAACGUACGGGUAACAUUAAAUGGACAAAACAGUGACGCUGAGGGUAGUGACUAUAAGGUCAACUGCAAGUUUGCAAUAUCGAGAGAUGUAGUAUCAUUUAUGGGUUACUAUAACAAGUUCUCGAGAUGCAUAAGUCAAACAGAAUGGAUUUUAGGUGACAGGGAUAUUCUAAGUGUAGAGGAGCUGAUAGGAGAGCCGCUACUGAAGGUAACUCGAGGAAAGAAGUGUAAGUUGGUGGGAUGUGGACGCGAAGAUGUCGACGUGAGGAACCUGGGAAAUGGAAGGAAGAUACUGAUGGAAAUAUACAAGACAAGAGCGGAUCUGUUCAUAAUAAUACACUCCCUGCAACUUUUAACAGCUGAUCCAGGUGCAUAUUACGACGCGUGUGACACGUUGGAUACUGUUGGUGUAGUGGGCGAUGAAGCCAGUAUGCUAGCAGAUAGUGAUACAGAUAGUGGCACGGGCGCCAGCGGUAUUGGAGAACAUAGUACGGCAAUUGGUGGUGAUGCCAGAAUAGUGCCCGUUGGUGAUGAUAGUGGUAACAGCAUGGGAAUCGGUGGCAAUACAGGCAGUAUAGCUGUUGCUGAAAACAUUGGAAAUAAACUGUUGAAAAACUACUUCGUAAAAACAGAAGAGGUACCAAGUCACGACUGCGCCGUUGUAUUUAAGUGCACGGGAAUGACGUUUAACAAUAAAAACGUGAGGAAACAAAUACAAAACCAAAGCGAACUCAACAGCAAAAGCUACAACUGUCUAAUAUUCUCAGAAGAAAAACUCUCCUACGAUAAGGUGAAGGAAGUGGAGAAUUACGAGUACCCAAUGACAAUAAAGCAAAACAACCCGAUAAGAAUAUCGCACAGAAGAGCGCAGGAUGUGAGAAGCAAAGUAAUCUACGACCUCAAGUUGGACCUGAUACACCCGAGAAAACGCAAGCAGGUAAGCGAAGAUGAAGUAGGUAGAAGGAAGGAAGACGAAGAGAAAAGACUAAAAUCAUAUAUAUUCAGGAUUGUACAUAAAGGAGUUCGUAAACGGAGACCUGGGAAGGACGAAUCCAAGUCUGAAGGGAAUGCUGAAGACGAAGCUCCACGUUGUAAAGCUAGACGUGAUAAACAUCAAGAGGAAGAGAAGUGUGUGUACGAUAAAGGAGCAGCAAAGAGGGGAAUGGUAGCAGGAAGAUGGCGUAAAAACAACAUUGGAAGACAAAAGGCGCAGAGAUGUGAGCAUGAGACUUAUUCACAAAACAGAAGAACAUCAACGGGCACGUACAAACUGCCGAAGAGGAGUAAUGAAGAUACCAAUGGGGCAAGUAUGCAGUGUUGUGCCUUCCUAGGCGAUUUUCAUCCAUUCACCUCAAUAAUUUUAGAAUCGUUUUAA